AUAAUUAGGAAAACCAAAUCACUACAGGUAAUAAGCAAACGCAGAAGAAAACACACCGCCCAAUCAGCGCCCGCCACGUGGUACACGGCGUCCAUCACGUUUUCCCCUCCCCCUAUAAAUAUGUUAACCCCCUCUAAUUCUCUCUCACUCACCACCACUACCAAAAUUCUUCUAAAUCUCAUAAUUUCAUCAAAAAAUAAUAAAUAAAUAAAUAAAUUUCUUCGUGAAAAUUAAAUCAAAUCGAAUUGAAGGAGAAAAAACAAUGGCGGACAAUACAGCAACUUUCAUCGACAUUCUCGUGGCAAUCAUUUUGCCUCCUCUUGGCGUUUUCCUCAGAUUCGGCUGCGGGAUUGAGUUCUGGAUUUGUUUGAUAUUGACGCUGUUUGGUUACGUGCCUGGAAUAAUCUACGCUGUGUACGCCAUCACCAAGUAGAGAUCUUCUCCUUGAUGAGGAUUUGAAGCAUGAUAGAAUCUUUUUUCCAGUUGGUUUUUUUUUUUUAAAGUUGUGUGGUGUUAGAGAACUUUAGACCUAGUUGUUGUCGUUUUUCUUUCGUGUUUAUUUCCUCCGUUACGGGUUUCUUUCUAGAAGGUUCUUACGAGUUCGUUCUAUUGUGGCUGUAAUGUGUUAGCAAGUGAUCUUAAUUUAUCUUAGUAUUUUCUUGAAUUCACUCAUUUCUCUAAUACUUUGGGAUUAUUAUCUUCAAUUUCAUUUUGAUUUGAA